AUGUCGAAUGAUGAGAUUCCGGCUUGCUGCAUCCAGUAUACGAUAGAGUGGAAAGUCACGGUCAACAAGAAAGUGAUCUCACGAGACACGGAACAAGACGUUGCCCUGACGCCAAGUGCUUACUGGCCAAUGACACUGAGGGGUAAGUUGGAAAAGUUGCUCGCAGGCAAAACCUCUAGCAAAGGAAGGGUCAGGUCGGAUGAUACUUCGAUCGUUGUUUAUGUGAACGACCGCUCCCAACGCGACCUAAUAAAGCGAUUUGAUCAUCUUGAUAUCGACUGGACGGCUGUAGAACAACAGCUCCUCAAGUGGGGGCAGCCCUUUUGCCAAGGCAAGAAAUUAAGGUUAAGUAUUACCUUUGAAUAUGUCGAGGAAGACUGUCUCUCCAAAACUACCUCUGGGCGAGUUGAAAAGAGAGGCCGGUCUUCGGCUACUAAACGGAUGCUCAACGAGCGAGACGCUCAACUAGAUGCUGAAGAGGCCACAUCUGGACAAGAGUCGAUUUGGCGAGCUGUGUACAAUCUGAUGCGUUGUCCUUCAUCAUCAUGCCAUCUUGGUCGACAUUGCUGGCAAGAUCCACAUGGGAAAAAACACUAUGGAUUACGAACUCAUCAUUUGAAACGCUUGAUCGCGUUAGUGGAAAAAGGCGGCACGUUGCAGUCGCACGAAGACGUCCCUGAAGAUUUCCGUGAGGAUUUAUAUAUCGAAGAGCAGCACAGACUAGAGAGUCAACAAUCCAAGAGCAACAAGUCCGUUGGCACCACAGGAAGCUGCCAUCCUAUAAAUAUUCAUUUCAAUGGCACGUCUCACUCAGAAUCUCAUAACCCCACCGCAGCUCCGGUGAUGCUUCCACCGCCAAUGGACCAAGGCCAAGGUGACUUCAUCAUUCCUGGGCUUCGAGAUGAGGCAGUCACAGAGUAUAGCGCAUGGCAUGAAAGCAAUGUCGCCGACGAUAAACUGAAAGCGCAAUUCCGACAAAUUUGCGAUAUCGCACUUGCCAAUGGUUUAGAUCUUCAACUGAUCUAUCAGGACCAAGAUCCAUCAUUUUUCGUCGACCAAGGAAUUCUUGUGGGCAUUGCUCGUCAAUUCGUAAGAGAUAUCACGAAAUGGGCAAACUAUGUGAGCACUGUUUGA